AUGUCUGCACCGCCUACAGGAGCGAAUCCUUCAGUUUAUGCGCCACCAACUGCGUUCAACAUUCCACAAUCAGCACUUUCUACACCUGUAAUACCACCACCAACACCGAAACAAUCACCAUGCACAACACCAAACAACACAAUUUACAUUAACAACCUUAAUGAAAAAAUCAAGUUACCAGCUUUAAGAAAAGCCUUAUCAACUAUUUUUGAACAGUAUGGUGAAAUCUUGGACAUUAUCGUUCAGGAUAACUUUAGAAUGCGCGGCCAGGCAUUUGUUGUAUUUAAAGAGCAAGAAAGCGCCAUAAAUGCAAUUAAAGGAGUCCAAGGAUUUGCCUUACAGGGAAAGCCGAUGGUUAUUCAAUACGCGAGAACAAAAUCGGAUGCAAUCGCUAUUAUCGAUGGAAGUAUUGAAGAGCAUAAGCGUCAAAGAUUGGAAGCCAAAGAAAAGCGUGCUAAAGAACCUCCGACAAAGAAAUUCAAAUCAAGUAGUAAUUCUUCAUUACAUCCUGGAUCAUCAAAUAUACCUGGAGCAUCAAUGUAUCAUUUUGGACAUCAAGUACCGGCACUUGGCAACAUUCCGGAUGAAUAUCUUCCUCCAAAUAAUAUUCUUUUCUUGCAGAAUAUGCCAAACGAUAUAACACAACUUAUUCUCACCUCAUUAUUUGGACAAUAUUCCGGCUUUAAAGAAGUUCGCUCGAUUCACCCGGCGAAGGGUAUAGCGUUUGUUGAAUUCGACUCGGAACCUCAAGCCAUGAUGGCAAAAGAAGCUUUAUCCAACCAUCUGAUAGCACCAGAUCACAAACUAAAGAUCACAUAUGCAAAAAAAUAA